GAACCCUCCACUGUCGCGCCGGCCAACGGCGGGCGAUGGAGCAACGCCGACAUGGACCCGGUCCCCGAGGACAAGCAGGUGUGGAGGUGGUUCUCGUUCGUCAGCAUGUGGGUGUCGGACGGGUUCUCGCCCUCGACCUUGCAGCUCGCCGGCGCCAUGAUCUCUCUCGGCCUUUCAUGGCGGCAGGCGAUCGGCGCCGUCCUCCUCGGCAACGUGUUGAUCUCGUGGUGCUGCUUCUUCAACGGCUGGAUCGCGGCGUACCUCCACACGCCUUUCUCGGUCAACGUGCGCAUGAGCUUCGGGUUCUGGUUCAGCUAUUUCGCCAUCGUGACCCGCCUCAUCCUCGCCCUCAUCUAUACCGGGACCAAGAGCUACACGUCUGCGCUCGCGACGUACCAGUGCAUCCGGGCGAUCUGGCCGCAGUUCGCCAGCAUGGAAAACAAGCUGCCUGCGUCGGCGGGCAUCACGAGCAACGUCAUGGUCGCCUACUUCGUCUUCUUCUCGAUCCAGCUUCCCCUCAUGAUGGUCUCGCCGGCAAAGCUGCGGUACCUGUUCACGUUCAAGUCGAUCAUCGGGCCUAUCGCAGGCUUCGCGUGCAUGGGCUACUACGUGCGCAAGUCGGGCGGUUACCUCUAUGGCGGCGACCCUACUGCGUCCGGUAGCACGAUCGGCUGGGCCUUCAUGGCGGCGCUCAACUCUGCGGUCGGCAGCUACUCGACGCUCUCUCUCAACAUCGGCGACUUUACUCGGUACGCCAAACGGCCUCGCGAUCAGUUUGCCCAGGUCCUCGUCAUCCCGAUCUGCUUCACCGCGACGGCGCUCAUGGGCGUCGCGAUCGCGUCGGGCGGGUACAAGGUGCACGGCCUCGCCAAGAUCCAGUUCGACCCGACGCGCCUCAUGAACAAUUGGAGCACCGACACGAGCCUUGAGCGUGCGGGACUCUUCUUCUUCGGGUUUGCCAUGGCGCUGUCCAACCUCGGCUCGAACAUCUCGGCCAACACGAUCAGUGGCGCCAACGAUUUUUGCUCCCUUUUCCCCCGGUACCUCAACAUUCGCCGCGGGUCGUUCCUCAUGGGCGUCAUCGGCUGCUGGGCUUGCGCACCAUGGAAGCUCCUCGCGACAGCUCAGUCGUUCUUGACCCUCCUCGGCGGCUACACGAUCAUCUCGGCGCCGGUCUGGGCCAUCAUGGUGUCGGACUUCUUCUGGGUCAAGAAGCAGCAUGUCGACGUGCCCGCCAUGUACGACCCGCACGGCCGGUACCGCUACAACCGGUUCGGCAUCAACUGGCGAGUCCUCGCGACCCUGUGCAUUGUCGUCCCGCCCGAGAUCCCGGGCCUCCUGCACGCCAUCUCGAGUGACGUUGCCCUGCCGCUCGGCAACCAGCGCUUCUACCGCGUCACCUGGCUCUUUGGCACGGUGUCGGGCCUCAUCAUCUACCCGCUCCUGAACUACCUCUUCCCGCACCGCGACACGAUCAUCGUCGACAUGAUCUGGACGAAUGGGGACGUGAGCGGCGAAGCGGCGGCGGCGGCGGCGGUGAGCCACGACGAGGAGAACAGCGUCGGCAAGGACGACGACCUCGUGCAGGCCGGUGUGCUCCCGGUUGUCGAGCUGCGGUGAGCGGUCUUUCUGUCUCUCUUUGUGUGUCAAGUGGGUGCAACGAGGCUUUCGCGG